AUGCAUUCCACUCUCUCCCAAAAUGGCCAGCGCAAACCCAGCGUCGGGACAAGUUCCGCAAUCGCAAACCUCGUGCAGUCAUUAGGACGCAGAGGCAGUGGGGAGAUGGCCUCGUCCAAGAUCAUCGGCGCGGACUACGAGGCCAUUCUGGAAUGGAUCCGCUCGGAGCGGAUGCGAAAGCUUCCUCCCGAGGGAAGUAGUUAUGAUAGAGUCCUUGUCUGGGCGCGGUUGUUUGUAGAGCGUCUGCAUUCGUUUGAUUCGGCGAUUCAGCAUUUCGAGGGAGAUAGUCAUAUGGCCGCGGAAUUGGCGUACAUUCACUGUGCGAGUCUUCUCGAGUUGGGAGAUGAAAACGCGAGUGCUCUCGUGGACGUCUUUGGUUUCUUCUAUCGUUGCUCGACCGGUCUGGAGAAUCUGCUUCACCGGACAGAAUUAUUCUUGGUUUCACAGAGCAUCAAGGAUCAGUUGAUUCUCGCGUUGGCGGACCUAGUCACCCUUGUCGUCGGGGUCGCAACCCACUGUCAUCACUCUCUUGGCAGCCUGGCUUCGGGAUCGGUCUCGAUCGAUAUCUACAGCACGUUCGCAGCAUCGAUUGAGAGCUUUCGCUCGCGAUGUGAGCAUAUAUCGGAGAUGAUGUGGAGGCAUCAGCUGCUGGGAGCUGGUCUCCAUGAGGACAAGGUGGCUAGAGUGAAGACAAUCAAGAAUUGGCUCGAGCCGGAAGACCCCGUUUUGUGCAACAUGACCGAAUUCAGAGCCAACUUUGCCCAGGAAAGGGAGGAGUCGACCUGCCUGUGGAUGGCACCAUAUCUGACUCGUUUCCUCAAGAGUGACCAAAAGACCAUGUUCGUCUCCGGCAAGCCGGGAUCUGGCAAGUCUAUCCUGGCGACGGUGAUCAAUGAUUACCUCCAAUAUCCUAUCGGGGGUGCCAUGUACAAAUCCAUAUUUGUCCCGAUCAGUGAGUCAAUACUGCACUUGAAUGAGUUACAUUUUCGCGCGUUAACGAUGGCAGAUGCACACAUCGUGGCCAGCACGACGCCACGUGCAACAGCAAAGAGUAUCCUUUCGCAACUAUUCUCGGCACGUAUUGGCAACGUGCAGUUGUUUGAGAUACUCUCGGAUGUACAUGACCGCUGCCAAAAGACAGUCCUUGAAGAGCAGUACGAUGAUGAGCUUUGGCGUGCACUCGGACUCGCCUUGCAAGUCGGUCUGCAGGGUGCCAAAGAACUCGUCCUUGUCGUCGACGGAGUAGACGAGGCCAGCUGCGGACAGAAUGCUCUGGUCAAGCGGCUCAAAGAUGCGACACUGAAAGCGUCCACUCUGAAGUUUAUUAUCCUUGGGACGCAGAAGCAGGAGGCCUCCGCUAUGCAGACAGCGGUGCAGAUUACCCCGGAACUGAUAUUCGACGACGUUGCCGCGGUCGUACGGAGGAUCCUUCAACCCUGUCAUGCAUUUGGCGAGCUGUCGGAAGAACAGCGGGAGAUCACGGUAGCCCAUAUCACAGAAGCUGCCAAUGGCUCCUUUUUGUGGGCCAAGCUGACCGCGGAAACGAUCAGAGACGAGCACACGCCUAAUGGGCAGGGGUUAGUAAAGGCCGUUGAUGCCCUGGCCAAAGCAGAGCUCUCUAUUACGGAUCUUGUCGUUCAUCGACUUGAGUCGAAAGUGUCGGACGAGGCUAAAAGAAUGUUGGUUUGGCUCGCCACCGCUGUCCGACCACUGACGCUACGGGAGUUGUCUGCGCUUUUGUCCAUUCGAGUGGAUAAGGGCACCAUAACGGAGGCCCGGGUGGAUCCGCUCACAUUUCUGCGACCCCUGAUGUCUCUGGUCUUCUGCCAAAAUAACAUGGUCUCCCUGCGACAUGGACAAAUCCGUACAACUAUUAUAGACACCAUCAACAAAGGCAAACUAUUCCCAACCGUCGGGAAUAGGCAUGAGGAUCUUGUCCGCAGGUUGCUGCUCUACAUCAAGCUGAAUGUAACAGAUGAGGAGGAACUGUCUGAGACACCAACGAGCUCGCACAGAACGUCCAAGAUGCUGGAGCAGUUCCCACUUCUUGACCUUGCCCUCCGGUACUGGGCAAAUCACACGAAAACCGCACUGGGGAGCGAGACAGAUCAGCAGAUCCACACAGUAGCGAAAGAACUGCGUCCAUUCCUCCCCAUCAAGCCAAUUGUGCCGCUACUGGAGAUGACCGUCUGGCAAGCAAAAUCAACUCCGGCGCUGAAGUCACUGCACGGCGUCCAGGUCCGCCUCUACCAGCAGAUACUCACCGCCGAUCAUCCCGCAACGCAGCAGGCGAUCAUCUGCCAAGCACUCUUCUACCGCGAGAUACGAGAUGUAGUGCCUUCCGAAACUAGCGAUAUCUUCUACAAUGCAGCGGUUAUAUGCCACAAGGCGCUCUCCGCCCAACACGUCAUCACCAGGGAGAUGGCCCAGGACUUUCUCGACAGCACCGCCGGCCAAAUCACCAAGUCGCGGACGCAGAUCAUGAUAAGACGGACUGAGAUGCUCCAGCUCCUUGUUGAAUGCUACAAGGUGCAGUAUGGACAGAAUAGUGGCAUCGUUAUUACGACAUUGACCCAACUGAUGGAGCAUUUCAAAUAUAUCAACGAAGAACGCAAAGCGCAGCAACUUGCAGCUUCGCUGCAAACAAGCCUCACGGAGUCUACUACUUCGCAGUCGACUGUUUCUCAUCAGUCUGACGAAUCGUUGCUUGUUCAUCUCCAUGGCCGAAGGCCUAGCGUUCAGGAAUGCACAACUUUUGCCCUCGAUGACAUCGAAGCUGAUGAGCCUAUCUCCCAAAUAAUAGACAGCCAGAGCUCCCUGUACCGUGAGAUUAAGAGCCACGUGCACUCCAUUGAAGAGGAAACGGCGAGCUGGUCCCAGUCCGCAACAACAGAGUCGAGUUUUCUAGGAACCAUCUCCAGCACAUCUGCCACGCACUCCUCUUCCAUCACAGCAGCUCAGCGUCUAACAGAAAUGUACUGGUCUCAGCAUCGAUGGAAGGACGCUACAAAAUCUCUAAAGGCAGUUCUGCGCCGUGUUUGGCCGUCAUUGUUCAGCGCAUCGGUCCAAGACGUGGUGCUCCCGUCGGAGAACGUCGAUCAUUGCAUUGACCUGGCAGAGCGCCUGAGAGACUGCUAUCGCUUCAGAGGCCGUGCAGAAAAAAUGGAGAACAUCUCCCUUCGUCUCUAUUACAGCGUCCGACGAGGCCGGCCUAUCGGAGAUGAGCUGCGCGAGCGAGUCACACGGGACCUUCUGCAUUUGUGUGAGCGUAAAGAUCAAACUGACAAGCUGAUCCUCGUGCAUGAGGAUAUUCUAAACGACUUGACCAAGAAGUUUGGGGAGGAUCAUCCAGCGGUCCUCAAAGAGCUUCGGAUUUUAGGGAACCUCGCACGGCCGCGCUCAGCUUCAGUCAGCUACCAUCGUCGAAUCGUCCAGAUUCUGAACAAACACGCCGACACCUGUCACCCGGAAGCUUUCGAAUCUCUUCUCAUCGUAGCCACGGAGCUUUUGGACCAGGGUCAAUACUCUGAGGCACGAGAGGCCUGGAGAGCCUUGUUCAAUUCCCUCCGGCACCCGAACAUUAACCCGAAGCUUCGAGACCAGUCAUUUGUCAAGACGGUCUAUGGGCGGUACACUCAGUGUCUACGUAUGACUCACGCAGAGCUUCAUGUGAUAUAUGACGUGACGGUUCAGUAUUGCAAGACCUGCGAGACUAGAUUUGGCGCCUCCGCGGCAAUUACCAUCCAGGCCAUGACCAGGUUGCUGGAUAUCUGUCGAGAGUCCAAGCGAUACGAAGCCGAGGUUGUCCAGAUAUGCGAGCAGCUUCUCAAAACUCCAUCUGUUGAGGCUGAGAUCGACCAAGCCGAACUCCAAGCAAUCCUGGAUGCUCAUUACGAAGAGCAAUACGCCUCCGUCGCGUCGGCCGGUGUCGAGUCUGUUUCUACCGAGCAGAUACAGCGAGUGAUCACUAUCCGCAGGGAACGGCUGACCACUAUACGGGCUACUUACGGAUGGGCUCAUGAGACCACACUGGCUGAGAUGAAAGAGCUGGUCAACCUGUAUAUCAAACGAGGGGAGACGCAACCCGCCGUGUCCAUGCUCCAGGAAGCAAGCUUGCGAAUUGUUUCGAAGGAAACCUCAGCACCUAGACUCGCUGCUGCCGCCCAGGCCAUUGCGUCCAGCUACAUCGCGGCUGGCCAGGUUCAACGCGCAAAGGAGCUCUGCGACGAGCUCUACCGUAAAACUGUGGUCAAGGAAACCGCCACCAGUAAUUUCGUCAUGCCUUCAGGUGGCCGUCAGAGCCUGGUUUUCCUCGCUCAUUUUGAGCACAGCCUUCGGAAACAGAAAGAGCCCUCGCUCACUGUAAGCGAGAUUCAUUGGUCUCUGUAUGCCGAGUACGUUUACUUUGAGCAAUACCGGCCAGAGUCACAGUCCAAGUCCAGCACUCUCGAGAACAUGGUGGGCACCGCCGCUCCUCUGUACGGACUCCUUCGCGCCAGAAACCAGGAGUCGACUGCGGCACGUCUCAUGGAUGACCUCACCAACUCCUUCGUCACCUCACAAAAGGAAAAGACCCAGGUGAACUUCGGUCAGGCUAAGGCCCUUAUCGGCACUCUUCUCGAGUACUUUAGCAUGUACAGCACUAAGAACUUCCUGCGAUCUGUGGCCAUCGCAAGCUACCGCCGUGUGACGCAGCUCCUCACUACAAGGAACCACCAGGCUGCCUGCGAUCUAGCUGUGACCGCAUUCCAGUACCUCCAGGCGCACAAUGGGCUCUCCUCCUCACUGAGCGUGGUUAAGCUCCUCUUCAAUCUGGGUCUAGCCAUCUCCGGGCAGGGUCUAGACCCGCGUCCAGACGCAGCAACAAGAAAACAAAUGCUGAGCGCAUCAUCCGCCAUCGUGAGCGCCACGCUCACCUACUGCAAGCAAGCCAAUAUCGACCUCACGCACCUGGACCUGGUAACGCUGAACAAGCUGACCAAGCUCCUGGACGCACAAGGCGAUUAUGCCAACCUAGCCUGGCUCCUCACAGGGCUCUGGAACAGCCGCGACCAGCAUCCACCCUCUCAGCAGGAGGCGGCAUACACACUCGCCCUGGGACGUAUGCUCGUCAUCACCCGCUAUCUGAUGGGCGAGUACAUGGCAGCCAUCCGACUAGCCGAGGACAUCGUAUACAACUGUGCCCGCGUGCAUGGCCCGCAGCACCCAAGCACCGUCGAGAUGACCGUUCUCCUGUCCCAGAUGUACACUAGCGUGGCACACGGAUACCAGGGCCAAAAGGAGCGCCGAGAACUCGCAUACCGGUAUUACAAGAAAGCCGCGGCGCUGCAUGAGAACGCGCUCCGAGCCUUCGUCGAUCCCAGCUCCCUAGCUUCUCCAGCCAUAGAUGAAGGAGCGAGCUCGUCCGGCUCUGAAUCCGGGCCGCCUAGCCCCCGCGAGAAACCCGAGGAAUCGGGCAAGUAUGUCCGGCAGCACCUGCAUUUGCUCAAGCUAGCUGUGGAGCGGUUGGGCAAUUGGCCCAAGGAAUAUAAAGAGUACGAAAAGCUCAAUUCGGCUCUGUUCCAGACGUUUCGAGACGAUCUCAAAGGUGUUGAGGGUGUGGACAAGUGGAAUUUGAAGAACUUCGGAUCUGGUCGUGCGGAAGCCAGCGACGAUUUGAUUUCGCCGAAGUCGCAUCCAGCAUUUGGUCUGGGUGAACAGUUGGCGAUUGCUGUUUGA